CAUCCUGUGCCAGGGGUUUGGUAACAGGCCGAGUAAUCUUUCAGUGCGCUUCAAGUGUCGUUCAUGUUCAGGGAGGGGGUUGAAGGUCAGAAGAAGGGUGGAGUGUUGUUGAGAGUUCCCCGGACGGAUGCAAAGUCCCGCCAAGUAGCUUAGACUUCACCCUCGUGCCAUGGAUAUUUCCUCGGUCCUUCAGGGAGGCUAUCAUCACCCGCUCUCCCGGGAAUGGCAAUCACGUCGUGAAUUGACAAAGAAUAUGUUCAUGUAUCCCAUUUUCAUUACAGAUGAGCCGCAAGCAGAGGUAGAGAUAGCCUCCCUUCCUGGCCAGAAGCGUUGGGGUAUCGAGAAGCUUGACCGACUUCUUGCACCUUUGGUUCAGAAGGGCCUCCGAAGCGUCAUCCUCUUUGGUGUGCCCGUAAAUUGCCAAAAGGACCCACACGGGGGCCCUGCCGAUGACCCGUCUGGACCUGUCAUCCAAGCUAUCCAUCUCAUUCGUAAACAGUACCCUUCCCUCUACAUCGCCUGUGACGUUUGCCUUUGCGAGUACACCUCCCAUGGUCAUUGCGGCUAUCUUGUCCACAAUCCUGAUGGGUCAACCACGAUCGAUAAUGCCGCCUCUGUCAAACGGAUUGCUCAAGUGGCACUGGCGUAUGCGAAAGCUGGAGCACACUGCGUUGCCCCGAGUGAUAUGAUGGAUGGGCGCGUCAAAGCAAUUAAGAGAGCGCUGAUUGAAGCUGGUCUGGGGAAUCGAUGUACACUAAUGAGUUACUCCGCCAAAUUCGCUAGUGCGAUGUAUGGCCCAUUCCGAGACGCUGCAGGAAGUACUCCAUCAUUUGGCGAUCGGAAAUGCUAUCAGCUGCCUCCAGGUGCUCAUGGCCUGGCCCAACGUGCUAUUAUACGCGACAUAGCCGAAGGGGCCGAUAUCAUCAUGGUCAAGCCAGCCUUACCUUACCUUGAUGUUCUCUCCCAAGCUCGUGAUCGGCUUGCCCCUUCCCAUCCCCUUGCGGCAUACCAAGUCUCAGGAGAGUAUGCUAUGAUUGUGGCAGGUGCGCGUGCUGGGGUGUACGAUUUAAGAACGAUGGCAUUCGAAAGUGUGAAUUGUAUAGUUCGGGCUGGAGCCACUUUAAUUUUAUCGUAUUUCACGCCAGAGUUCCUUGACUGGCUAGACUCCUAGUUGCACGAAAACACGGUUCUUAUCUGUAUUUGAUAGCAGGUCAUGUCAAUGUUUAACGUCAAGUUAUUGACCUACGCUGCAACUACUCACA